AUGCCAGCAUGGCUGGAGAAGCUAAGGAGAGUAGUUACAGUGGAGCCGGUCAUUUUCUUCUUCAUGACCAGCACCUUCAUCAUGCAGCCAGCUUAUCAACAGCUGGUCAUGAACAAGGUUUGUCAAAAACUAUAUGGGGACUGCACUGAUAGGAGGCACAUUAAGGAUGUAAAGGUUGUGUCACAGUCCUCCUACAUCAUGCUGCUAUUCUUAGUCAUAAACAGUUUGGUGUCUAUUCCCCCAGCCAUUUUGCUGGGCUCCUGGUCCGACCGCGCUGGGCGCAGAUCGGUGAUGGUGCUGCCCUUUAUAUUCUCUGUGCUGGGUGGUGGAUUACUGGUGGCUUUAGUACUUGUAGACAAUAUGAACAUCUACUGGUGCCUGCUGUCAGCCGUCUUUAUUGGUCUUGCUGGUGGGCACGUCUCCAUCUUUUUGACUUCUUUUAGCUAUUUAGCUGACAUCACUUUAGACUCCACCUCCAGUCGCACAAUGCGCAUGGCCAUAGCAGAGGCCAUGAUCUUUGUUGGGGGCAUGGCAGGCUUCCUCCUGGGUGGUUUCCUGGAACAGGAGUUUGGUUUGGUGACAGCAUUCGGAGCAUAUAUUGCCUGCCUUGUUAUAGCUAUCCUCUAUAUACUGCUGUGGCUGAAGGAUCCCGGGUCAAUAGCCAGCACUUUAAGGUUCCCUUCUACAGAGGUUGAAGAGCGGGAGUCUAAGCUAUUUGUUCUCAAAUAUGCCAAGCUUUCAUUGAUGACUGUGUUUAAAAAAAGGCCAAACCAAGACAGACUCAAACUUCACUUUCUCAUCUUAUGCACCUUCAUAAACAACCUGGUAGCAGUGGGGGAUAAUUCUAUCUUACUGCUCUAUUUGAUGUAUAAGCCCAGAGAGUUCACAACUGCAAUGUAUGGAGUGUUUAAUUCUGUCAGAAUGUUCUUGUUGGGAUUUGGUCUUUUGUGUGUCUUUCCUUUGCUGAGACGUUGCUUGAAAGAGAUGACUUUGGCUAAGCUUAGUGUUACCUUCAGAGCCACGUCCUAUGUCCUAAUGGCUUUUUCCACCAACACAUGGAUGGUUUUCUGUGUGGCUGUAGUAGGGACUCCUAGUGGGAUCACGCAAGCAGUGAUUCGUUCAUUGUCAUCUACCAUAGUGGGGCCUGAUGAACAAGGUGCCAUGUUCUCCUUCUCAGCAUCAGUGGAGGCCACUUGCUAUAUCUUGGCUGCUAUCCUGUUCAAUGGUCUAUACCCUCAGACCCUGAGCACCUUUCCUGGCAUGUCAUUUAUUAUCAUGGCUGUCUUCUGUAUCAUUGUUCUCAUCUUCAUGCAGUGGGUCAGUGAGAUGCCAGCCACUCAUCCUCGUCUUAUGCUGCAGGAUUAA